AUGUCCUCCUCGUCCUCGUCUCCUGGCGAGCCCUACGAGGAGCGAGAGUACGAGAGCCAGGCCAAGCGCCUCAAGACGGAGGAGGGCGAGAUCGACUACUCGGCGGAGGAGGGCGAGAGCCGCCGGGAGUCAGCGUCCCGGGGCGGGGGCGAGGGAGGCGGCCGAAGCUACUCUCAGCCGGAGUCAGGUGGAAGUCACCAUAAAGUUUCUGUUUCUCCUGUCGUUCAUGUCCGAGGGCUGUGUGAAUCAGUUGUGGAAGCAGACCUCGUGGAAGCUCUUGAAAAAUUUGGAACAAUAUGCUAUGUGAUGAUGAUGCCAUUUAAACGCCAGGCUCUAGUGGAAUUUGAAAACAUAGAUAGUGCCAAAGAAUGUGUUACCUUUGCUGCUGAUGAACCAGUUUAUAUAGCUGGCCAACAAGCCUUUUUCAACUACUCUACAAGUAAAAGGAUCACUCGGCCAGGGAAUACUGAUGAUCCAUCAGGGGGCAACAAAGUUCUUCUUUUAUCCAUUCAGAACCCUCUCUACCCAAUCACAGUGGAUGUUUUAUAUACAGUGUGCAAUCCUGUUGGAAAGGUACAACGGAUCGUCAUAUUCAAGAGGAAUGGAAUACAAGCAAUGGUUGAGUUUGAAUCAGUUCUUUGUGCCCAGAAAGCUAAAGCAGCACUCAAUGGAGCAGAUAUAUAUGCUGGAUGUUGUACACUAAAAAUUGAAUAUGCAAGGCCAACUCGCCUAAAUGUUAUUAGGAACGACAAUGACAGUUGGGACUACACUAAACCAUACUUGGGAAGGCGAGAUAGAGGAAAGGGUCGUCAGAGGCAAGCCAUUUUGGGAGAACAUCCUUCGUCCUUUAGACAUGAUGGAUAUGGUUCACAUGGUCCAUUAUUGCCUUUACCAAGCCGUUACCGAAUGGGCUCUCGAGAUACUCCUGAACUUGUUGCAUAUCCCCUUCCACAGGCUUCUUCCUCCUAUAUGCAUGGGGGAAAUCCUUCUGGUUCAGUUGUUAUGGUUAGUGGGUUACAUCAACUGAAGAUGAAUUGUUCAAGGGUCUUCAAUCUGUUCUGCUUGUAUGGAAAUAUCGAAAAGGUAAAAUUUAUGAAAACCAUUCCUGGUACAGCAUUGGUAGAAAUGGGUGAUGAGUAUGCUGUAGAGCGAGCUGUCACACAUCUCAAUAAUGUCAAAUUAUUUGGAAAAAGACUUAACGUUUGUGUGUCUAAACAACAUUCAGUAGUUCCUAGUCAAAUAUUUGAACUGGAAGAUGGUACAAGCAGUUACAAGGAUUUUGCCAUGAGCAAAAAUAAUCGCUUUACAAGUGCUGGUCAGGCAUCCAAGAACAUAAUCCAGCCCCCUUCUUGUGUGCUACAUUACUACAAUGUUCCAUUGUGUGUUACAGAAGACACCUUUUCAAAGUUAUGUAGUGAUCAUGAAGUUCUCACAUUUAUCAAAUACAAAGUGUUUGAUGCAAAACCUUCUGCCAAAACACUCUCUGGCCUACUAGAAUGGGAAUGCAAGACUGAUGCAGUAGAAGCUCUUACUGCCCUUAAUCACUACCAAAUAAGAGUUCCGAAUGGUUCUAAUCCCUACACAUUGAAGCUUUGCUUCUCUACUUCAUCCCAUUUAUAAGAGGAGAAGAGGAUAGCAUGUUAGGAGCUACAUUCAUCUUUCUUUACAAUUUUCAAACUACACUUCAUUUUCAAAAUCUAAAGUGGUUGAUCUAAUGUUGCCUUGCUCUCUUUUAAGACCUUGUAUCUUGUUUUAUAAUAAACAGAUUUGUUUUGGCCUCAAGUGAAUUUGUUGUAAGCUUAAAUACUGUUUUCAUUAUAAAUAGUAUAACUACAUAAAAUGUAGAAUUGUCGCACCUGCAUUGUAGAUUAUGCAGUUAUAUAGUUUCUAACAUUUUUCCCCCAUAGUUGGAAAUGUAUUUGCAUUCUUAAUGCCAAAGAUUUGCAAAUAUCUUUUCAUUGUGAAUAAAAUAAAUUAGCAGGUGAACGUUUUGCUUUUUAAUAUGGUAGAAUCUAAUGUUACCUGUUUAGUUAUUUAGGUAUGUCGCAGUUAUCCAUAUGAAAUGUAACUUGUAUUUAUAAAGUGUGUUCAUCAGGCUUCAGGAUAACAUGACACAUGGUGAUUUUUAAGUACUACAGAUAUAUUUGAUUUUAUAUUUCCAAGAGGCUAACAGACAUAUAGAUACCCUUGUACAGUAUUUACUCAAAAUUAUUUAAAUUGGUGUAUUUUUUUUAAGCCAUUGUCCAUUUGUAUUGACAUGCAGUACUAUCUGUUGCUAGUUCCAGUUUGGGGAUUUUAUAAUUAAAGUUUCAAUAUUG